AUGGCCUGCAAGGGGAGAGAGCUGGGCCGGGUGCCAGAGGCCUUGUCAUCUCCUCAUUGCCGGGCAGAUCAGGAAGGCAGCUCCCGAGUGGUUGUCUCCCUUCCACCACCUGUUCAUCAGUUCUGUGAGCCAGAUCUCUGGAUCCCCAGAACCCCCUCUAUGAAUGCUAUGAGAACACAGCUGGCACAGACUGGGCCCAACAGACUGGAGGACUUCACCAUAGGCACGCAUAUGUCCGGGGCGUGUCUGAACUUUUCCACUGGAGCAGACAAAGAACCUACUAACAGAUAUAAGGCUGUGAUGUUCGUGAGCCAAAAAAAGUUUUGCAAGAGCCGCCCAUUACCAUUUGCAAUGAAGUCAAGGGUGGAUGCUGAACUAGACCAACUGGAGAAGGCAGGUAUAAUCUCACCCGUUAAACACAGCGAGUGGGUUGCACCGGUAGUACCUUUAGUAAAAAGAGACAACACAAUUCGCUUGUGUGGAGAUUACAAAUUAACUGUCAAUCAAGCUGCCACUACAGAGACCUACCCCCUGCCUCGGAUUGAGGAGCUGAUGGCCACACUGAGUGGAGGUACGAUAUUCUCAAAGAUUGACCUGGCUUCAGCUUAUCAGCAGGUCCUUCUGGAGGAUGAGUCGAAGAAGCUACUGACCAUCAACACACAUCGAGGUCUAUUCAUGUAUAAUAGGCUAGCCUUUGGGGUUAGCUCUGCCCCCUCCAUUUUUCAAAGCAUUAUGGAGAACCUCAUGAAAGAUCUGGAUAUAGUUAUUUGUUUGGAUGAUUUGCUAAUUACAGGAAAAACUGAGCAUGAACAUUUGCAGAAGCUACAGAAGGUGUUACAGAGACUCCAGGAAAGUGGCUUGAGAGUCAAGAAAUCCAAAUGUGAGUUUGGAAAAGAACAGAUUGAAUAUCUAGGCCAUGUGUUGAACAUCCAAGGCAUUCAUCCAUCUCCGGACAAGGUAAAGGUAAUCAAGGAUGCACCAGCGCCCUCAUCUGUGAAAGAGCUGAGAGCGUUUUUGGGGCUAGUGAAUUACUAUGGGCGAUUCAUGCCAAACCAAAGCACUGUGCUAGCUUCACUCUAUAGGCUGUUAAAAGAUCAGGUGGAAUGGGAGUGGAAGAGACCCGAGCAAAAGGCCUUUGAAAAGUGCAAAGAGUUGUUAACAAGUGACAAGGUUCUUGUGCACUAUGAUCCAGACUUACUUCUCACACUGGCUUGCGAUUCAUCAGCCUAUGGCAUAGGGGCUGUCAUUCAACAUGAAAUGCCAUCAGGAGAAAAGAGGCCCAUUGCUUAUGCGUCACGGACGCUGGCCUCUGCUGAGAAAAAUUAUUCUCAGAUUGAGAAAGAGGGACUGUCAUUGAUAUUUGGUGUUAAAAAGUUUCACCAGUAUUUAUGGGGAAGGAAAUUCAAACUAGUGACUGAUCAUAAGCCCCUGCUGACUCUUUUUGGAGAGCACAAAAGUCUACCCACUAUGGCUGCAGCUCAAAUUCAAAGAUGGGCAAUUAUACUGUCCGCUUACGAUUAUACCACUGUACUGUGGUACUGUGAGUACUGUGCAUCAGAAAAACACAGCAAUGCAGAUGGACUUUCGAGAGUUCCCUUGCCGGAAACAAGCAAUGCAGGGACAACAGCCAUAUCAGAGAGCAUUCACGCACUGCUAACAGAACAUCUAGAGCAGGCACCAUUGAAUGCUGACCAAGUGGCACGCGUGACACGUAAAGACAGCGUGCUAUCCAAGGUCUUGAAGUUCAUCAUGAAUGGAUGGCCUAAUGACGUGGAUAAAAGCCUGAGAGCCUUCCACACACGCAGAUGUGAUCUGUCUGUUGAGCGUGGAUGUGUCCUUUGGGGCACCAGGGUAGUGUUACCUGAGAAACAGAGAAAGAUUGUUUUAAAAGAGUUGCAUUCUGGUCACCAGGGUGUUGUAAAAAUGAAAGCCCUCGCACACAAUUAUGUGUGGUGGCCUAAGAUUGAUGUGGAUGUGGAACAGGUCUGCAAAGCCUGUGAGUCUUGCCAGAUGGAACAGCGGAUGCCUCGACAGAUGCCAUUACAUCCAUGGGAGUUUCCGGGCCAAAGCUGGAAAAGACUACAUAUAGACUUUGCCGGUCCAUUCCUAGGUCACACUUUCAUGAUAGUUGUGGAUGCAUACUUCAAGUGGCUGGAGGUGUUCAAAAUGCCCAACAUCUCCUCACAAGCCACCAUCACAAGACUAAGGAGACUGUUUGCAGCAUACGGUCUUCCUGAGCACGUUGUCACGGACAAUGGAACACAGUUUACGUCCGAAUUUAAAAACUUCAUGCGGCAGAAUGGAAUUCUGCACUCAACCAGCGCCCCUGGUCACCCUGCCAGUAAUGGUCUCGCCGAAAGGUAUGUGCAGACAUUUAAAAGUGGAAUUAAAAAGCUUGGACAGACCACAAUGGAUUUAGAGGACAAGAUCUCUGUAUUCCUGAUGCAGUACCGCUGUACUCCAAAUUGCACUACAGCGGGGCGAAGAGAGAAAUGGAUUCCUGGAGUAACAGUGGAGCAAACAGGACCAGUGUCUGUGUCUGGACCAGGACUACAGAGUUCAAGGGACAUCACAUACAGCAGACAUGGGGAUCAGUUGAGAUCUCGUGUCACAGCCGAUGAACUGGAUGCUGAUCCUGUGCACAUGGACAGUGACGAGUUGUCAACAGCAUCUCAGCAAGUCUACGUCGCUCAGCCAGAGAGAAGAAACCGCCUGGGCGCUAUGACCCUUAAAAUGCAGUUCACUUAUUUUUGCAAAAUAGGUUCAACAUUGGACUAUGGGUCGAAUGGACUGUUUUUGAUUAACACUGUUCUAGCACAAUGUAUUUAA